AUGCCGAGCAACGACGUGGUGAUGGAUCAAGUGAAGCAGCAGCUCGCGCAACAGUACGCAGAGGAGUUCUUCGCGGUUGUGAGAGACAAGUGCUUUUCCAAGUGCAUUCCCAAGCCGGGCUCCUCCAUAAGCAGCAGUGAGAGCACGUGUGUGACGCGAUGCGUGGAGCGAUACAUUGAGGCAACGGGGAUUGUGUCCAAAGCGGUGCUGCAGCUUGGGCAACGGUGA